UUGUCGUUGGUUGUUGUCUGUUAUAUUUGUUUUUCGUUUAUUGUUUUGUCAUAAAUCAAGUCGGUAUUUUUUUUUAAUUUUUAAUCGUUUCGCAUUUUGUCAUGUCAGGCCUUUUAUAUCUGACUAUGGGUAUGGGUUUUGCUCAUUGUGAAGCCUUGUGGUAACCUCUAGUUGCUUAAAUCCGCUUCAUAUGGACACUGUUGGCUUUUUUGUCAUUGACAAUCUACCACAUCUUCUUAUUUUAUAAAGAUUUUAGAAAACUAUUCAUUCAUUUUGAUACACGGUUUCACAUUAUAUAUCAUAUACACUGGUGGAAUACUUUGUCAAUAUCUGAAAUACCAACAUACAAGAAUUUGUGUCAUAGAUCAAAGAAUGUGACGAUCUGCACAUCACUGAAAGUUGCAAACUAUUACAUGUAUCAUGAUUAAUUUGUUGACACACUUCCUGGUAAUUAAGAUACGUGCCUUUGUAAUUGACAAUUAAGAUAAAUGUUCCUUUUUUCCUAGAAGUUUACCAGGAUUUUUUAUAAAACAUUUAUAAUUAAAAAAGUAGGAUAAGUAUUUUUCUCCGUGAUAUUAUUUUUAAUGACUUUUUUCGCGGAAUCAUAAUUGUUAAUUAUAACAGCAAUAAGCUUAUAAUGUAUGUACUCAUUUCUUAAUCGCUGAUUUUUUUACGUUGUAAAUUUGGUUUAUCUUUGAGGCAUGCGUUUAAAUAAACUAUAUAACAUAGUUCGUCUUAUAAUACGCAGGUAUAGAUAUGAACAGUUGAAUUAAGUUUGUUUAACCUCGGUUACCCCAAGAAUUGAUCUUAAACAAGAGAGACGCAGUUUUCACAUACAAACAAACCUUAUUGUGUAAUAUUAGAACGCUUUUCAUCGAUUUUUUGAAUCGUUAUUUAACGUAAAUACUCUCAACAGAUAUUUUUGUUAUUUUGAAGAGUGUAUUUAAAAUAUAAUAUAAUCAAUAUAAGGAGCGACAAAUACAUAACACUAAUAGGCCACAAAACGGUGUUAAGCAAGGGCAAGUGUACCAACCAAGCUAGCUAUACUAACCCCUCGAAACAAACAAAUGAAGGAAUUCAAUUUCAAUUGCAUUUUAUAAUUUUUCCUCAUUCUAUGGCCGUUCUUGGAACUUGAUUUCUUGAUGGUGUAUGAUAUCAUACGAUGCGACUGUCAUACAAGUGAGAGGUUUAGCUAGCUAUAAAACCAAGUUUGAUCCACCAUUUUCUACAUAAGUUGAUGACAAAUGGUAAACUAGUUUGAAAUUAAACAUGUCUGGGAGAUUUCUGUAAAAUACUGACUAAAUGCAGCGUACAUAACAAAAUUAUAAUGUAAUGGUUGUCAUGUGAUCUUCGCAGGUCAGAAAUAGUUUGUGUGAUUAAGUUUUUGGGAGGACGAGCCAUUGAGGAAAAUAUGAAGCGGCACGCAUUAUUUAAGAAUUUUGAAAACAUCGGAGAUUCGCAAAAUUGUACUUAUUAUACGUUUACCACUCUGAAACACUUGAUAUUAUAUCAGGUUUCAGGGAGUUUGAUUUGAGUUGCACAAAGCUAUACGAGUUAUGACUGUAUGGAUUAAUUUUGUUAGCUGUACAUCUGCUUUCUAUGUUGUUUUUUUUAUUAUUUUCCUAUGAAUUUCAAUUUUCUGUAUCUACCCUGUGGACAUAAGUAAAGAGUUAUUUUAUCGUCAAUUGAGUGUGUAUAGACAUGUGUCUUUUAACCAACAUAAGAACUUGUAUCAUCAAUUUUAAAUAACAACAGAAAGGAUACGAUGCUCACGAAUUUCAUUGGAUGUUAAUGUAAAGGACUAAAAAUAAACAUCUGGAGGCAAAAAGGAUGCGAGACCCAAGAAUAUUCCAAAUUACGAUUAUAAGUCACGACAAUGAUACAAUUUGUUUUACAAAUAAUUUUUAAAGACACUAAAUCAUAAACAUGUUAUGAAUCGUAUAUGUUACGUGUAUAUGUCAAAUAUCAAAAUAAAAUAAUUUAUUUGCUGCAAUUUUUCCUUUCAUUUUAAUAGGGGUUAAUAUUAAAUUAAUUUAUACAUAAUUUUGACAUUUGCAGAUGAUAACGAUACUGAAAAACACUGGUCUGACGUCAUUUUCGGACAGGAUUUCUUAGGCAUUCAAUGGCAUACAAACAAUAUACAUAGAUCUUUCUCAGAAACAAAAUUGAGAAGAAAUACUCACACCUGUCUAUAUCUGUUUAUCGAUAUCAUAUAUAUUUGUUUGUUUGUAUAUUAACCAUAUAGUACUUUUAAAGCAAUAAUAUUUUUGAGGUGAUUCAGAAAAUAUUGUCCAAUAAGAUUUCUAGUUAAAAAUAUUUUACAGGAAACCACGAUAACUAAUCAGUACCUCAAAAAUAAAAAAUUAAAAAAAACAAGAAGCAAGACCAAUGAAUUAAGAACAGGACUUGGUGUGGCUACUAAUUAAUUAUCGGAUAUAACUAACAUUCCCAUCCAACUAAAUUAUUAACAUUUACUAUCCACAUCUGACAAGAAAUGGCAGCAAAGGAGCUUUCUACAAUUCCAGAUGUUUUGAUUACACAUACAGGAGCAGAGUCAUCAUCGGAAACAGCAAAAGGAGAACUAAAUAGCGAUCUGACCUUGAUAAAUCCUUUAGACGAGACUUCAGAUGGAGGCUGGGGAUGGUUCAUUGUGAUAAGCAGUAUGAUGAUCCACUUCAUUGUUGCUGGUUUAAACAGGGCAGCAGGAAUAUUAUACCUGCGAUUUGAAGAGAAAUUCAAUAAACCUGCUUCAAUCACAGCGUGGGUUACUUCAUUGUCAGUCAGCUUGACUCUGGCUGGAGGUCCAGUAGCAUCAGCAUUGUGUAACAGAUUUUCGUACAGAUGGGUUGUUGUAGCAGGAGGAAUAGUUUUAGCUGUCUCCAUGGUGAUAUCUGCACUCUCUCCCAACCUGUACGUUUUGUUUGUCAGCUAUGGGGUUAUUGGAGGUAUCGGUAAGACUUUGGCAUACGGACCAGGUGUCGUUAUCGUAGGUAUGUAUUUCAGUAGAAGACGCGGUAUAGCUGUUGGUUUGGGUACCUCCGGUGUGGCAUUGGGUGCUUUUGCUGUGCCAACUUUGGUUGAGUUCUCAUUUUCGGAAUACCGAUAUCUUGGAGCUUUUAUAAUCAUGACAGGGAUUGCUUUACAGUUGGUUGUGUGUGGAUUUCUAUUGCGACCAUUGUCAUUACACAAACAGAUUACGGAGUAUGAAAGAAGAAAACUACAAAUACUGAAAUGGACUGAGAAUAAUAAAAGUGUCUUAAGUUUCGCUAAAUCACAAGAAAAUGCCAGAUCUUUGCCAACGGAUACAGUACACAGGACUAGUAAAAUUAUUGUAAAGGAUAUUAACCGUUUUGCUAAAGUCAGUCUGAAAGUCGAUGAGAAAAAUAAAGAAACAAAGCAAAACGGAAAGUUUUGUGACUUUUCUCUCUUAAAAAAUAAUCGUUUCAGUAGUUUAUGCGCAGCAGUUGUGCUUUUCAACGUGUCUUACCAGUCCAGCAUGAUAUUUCUUCCCGCGCUUUCAGUAAAAAUUGGCAUCGAUGAGUUUGAAUCGUUUCCAGUUGUAGUUGUCGGUAUUUGUGACGGACUUGGGAGAAUCAUAUCAGGGUUUUUGUUUGACCGCAAGUGUAUAUUGCCUAUAAGAUGCUAUAUUUACAAUGCAGCACUAUUCUGUUUGGGAGUAACGACAAUGUUUAUCCCGCUAGUUACAGAUACCACUCAAUUCGGGAUAGUAUGUGCUAUACUUGGAUUAUUUCUUGGAAACGGUGUAUCCCAGCAGUCGGUUGUAAUUGUUGAUAUCCUAGGAGAAGAAAACUUAUCUUGUGGUUUUGGAAUACUGAUACUGUUUCAAGGAAUAGGAACAUUUAUAGGUCCUCCAUUAUCUGGUUUACUUAAAGAUAUAAAUGGAUCGUACGAUUAUGCCUUUUAUUUAGGUGGCGUUUGUGCUAUCUUGGGUGCAGCCAUUUUUAUGGGAGCAAAUGUUGUGCAUUAUAAAUUAGAGAAAAAUAUGUACAAUAUAGAAUCAAAAGAACAGUUGAAAGAUGACACACGCUUUUAAUUGUCAUAAAAUAUAGAUCUCCAAGAACGAGGGAAAAAAAUUGAAAUAUUUCGCUUCUAAUUUAUUAAUUAUUUAUUGAUAAUUUAUUUCCAUUGCUACGUUUGAUUCAAGCAACAAAUAUAUAGAGAAGUCUAAUCUUUUGUGUUUGUCUCUAUGUUUUUAUUGUAUUUUUCUUGGGAUUCAUUUGUUUUUGCUUUUUGUUUUUGAAUUGCUAAAUAUCAUUUGAAAAUAUUUUAAUAAUUAUUUAAGACAAACCCAUGCUUAUAGAAACAUGAUGAUUUGUUGUCGAUAGUGAUCAAAUAUGUUCAGGUCAUAUUUUGAUAACUGUAGUUAUUUUAAGAGACAAGUUUGUUAAAAAAAACUCCAUAUAUGAAA